AUGUCGACAAGACUGCUUUGGCAUUCAAGUGCAGUGCUACUUGCAGCAUGUCUGACUGCCACCUCUUCGGCGCUCGACUUUAUGGAUGCAAGUGAUCCAGUGCAGAGUACAGGUCCGGUAGCUCCUGAAAGUGAGACGCAAGAUGCGGACGAAGCUUCUGGCGCAAAUGGCUUUGAACACCUCAACUCACAUGUGCAGUGGGCACCGCCCUCGUCGAACUAUGGACCCCCGGACCCGUCUAACGGCAACGCAGGAGGAUGGCCUCCGACCACGUCAAUGGACACCCCAUCCGUACAUUCAGCGGACAAAGGCCAGUCAGCUGGACACGAAGGGCAGCAGCAAUGGCCGCAGCAUCCUCCGAUGUGGGUCCAGGGAAGUGACGACAGCAACGGUCAAGGCUGGACGCAGCCGAGUUCACAUGGUGGUAGUCAAGGGUGGAUGCCUGGUGGGGGCUACGAGCACAAAGGCUGGAUGCCUCCGACCGGUCAAGGUGAUGGCAAUGGAGACCAAGGUUGGAUUCAGCCAACGGGAUCAGGUGCGUCCUCGACGCAGCCGAACACUGGAACGAUGACAAGUGGUGAGUCGAGCGGACGUGAGGACGGGCCCCCGAGCACGGAAGACAUGGACACCACCGCCAGCUUAAGUGAUGAAAUGACCGUGGACAACGACGUCAGCCUCGAGUGUAGUGGCUCCGAUGAGGACGUUAGCCAAGACAGUGACUUGGGCCUCGAGUGUAGUGGCUCCGAUGAGGACGUUAGCCAGGACAGUGACUUGGGCCUCGAGUGUAGUGGCGCCGAUGAGGACGUUAGCCAGGACAGUGACUUGGGCCUUGAGUGUAGUGGCUCCGACGAGAAAGAGACGACGGCGUCGACUUCAGCUGCAGACUUAUCGGAUACUACGCCGACGGUUUCCAGAGACAAAGACUUUCCGGGCUGGUCGCGGCCGCCUGAAGAAGCUGCAUCCGCACCAUCUCUGGCGUCUUCGUCACACUCAGAUGCAUUGACCACGGCUACUGGAACGAACGGACAGAGCGGCAGUCAGACGACCUCGCCAGACUCAUCGUCGGACGACGAGUUCUCCUCGGACACGACGCAGCCCGAGUUACCCUCAGAGUCUGCUCCGUCAACAGCCUCGUCCGCUGACACUGUGCCAUCGGUAGCACCGAAAGACUCAGAAGACCCACCGACGUCCACUGGCAAAGGCGAACACGCGACUUUCGGGACGGUGACUUCGAAGCCCGGGGAAUGUGUCAUCGGCGAUCCGAAGGAAUACGUGACAGCCAAAGAUGUGGACUGGGUCUUUGAGAAUCGCAUGGGCGUCAAUCAAACGGGCAAUCAAAACUGGAUCUUCGACCACGUCGUCAAGAACAAAGGCUCACUCAACUACUGUCUCCGCUGGGAUGGUACGCAGAAACUUUCCAAGACGAUGGCACUGAAGUUUAAGCCCAUGCUACAACGUCAGUAUGCAGCUUGGAACCGUUGGCUUAUCGGGUAUGGCUGCUGGCCAUACGACGAGAUCGAGAUCAAUAUGGUCGGCUUUGCUGUCAAGGACGCGUCGUUGCUAGACUGGACGGACGACUCACUUGGGAAAAUUUACGAAGGCGAUUUGGAUGCAGAAGGAGUUGCGCAGUGUCCACACGCCUGCUACCGGUUCUUUGACAAUGCGCCGAAGACUUGGUCGGACACGAGUGGAUGCCAAGGCGAACCCUUCGACUUGUCUUUGUGGCCAAAAGAAGGUCUAGAGGGCGGCUUGGGCUACGAUUGGGGCCAAGAAGUCAAUAUGGACAACAUGCUGCAGACCAUUGACGACGAAGAGCUCACGAUUGUUUCGCAUGAGAUCGGUCACGGCCAUGGCCUGCCAGACUUCUACGAGCCAUCGGACCAACCGAAUGCUGACUGGCCUAAGUGCAUCAUGAUGGCUGGUAGCUCCAUGACCGUCACAGAUGGCGAUGGCUGGAUGCUACGUCGCGCUUACGAAAGCAUCAGGUCGCGCUACGAUUUCAAGUAA